AUGAGAGGCUUAGAGGAGAGGGAGGAGGAGGAGGAUUGGGCGGUGAGGGUGGCUUUACGGGUGGUGAAGGAGGCGGUGCAGGAGGGGUGGUUGCAUGCUGGCAACAUGGCUCUGGUGCUGCUGCUGGCACAUGCGAGACGAGGGCUUCGAGAAGAGGCCGCCUCUCUCCUCCACUGCCUCUCACGUGCCAACAUCCCUGUACCGGGCGGCGCACUGCUAGACGUGCUGCGGGCAGCAGCAGCACACAGGCAGGCGGACUUUUUUGUCUUCUUGCUGCGGGAGUGGGUAGCGGCUGAUGUGACUGUAUUGGGUGGCCCGUGGGCCCUAGAGGAGGUGCUGCAGCUGCUGCUGCGCUGCAGACGACCUCACCAGGCCGUGUCGUGGUUCCGGCGGUGUCUGGGAGCACACCCGCACGCACCCCUUUCGCCAGCAGUGGUGCGAGUGCUGCUGCAUGCGCUGCAGAGGAGAAGCAUGUGGCACGAGAUGCUGGACGUGUUCGGGUCGCUACAACACUACCCGGGCUAUCAUGACAAGGUCAACUACACGACGGUCAUCCGCACGCUCCUCCACUGCCGCCAGCCAAAGCUCGCACUCACCCUUUUCCGAGACAUGCUCACAUCAGGGGUGCUUCAAUGCGACACCCACGGGCGGGUGCUGACAGGCCGUGGUAACGACGCCACCCAUGAGAGGCUGCUGCAGGCCGUGCGGCAUGCGGCUUGCCUGGUUGGUGAUAGAGAGGUGCUCGGCAUGGUGGGCGGUGCUGCUAUGGCUGCUCACAGCAAGACAAGGAGGGAGAGAUUCAGACCCGAUCCUCCUCCUGGGGUUGGGGAUGAGACAGACUCUUCUCCAAUGCCGAGUUCUCCUGAUGGCCAAAGCUUGUGA